AUGAAUAACUCUCAAAAAAGUAAAACAGUAAGUUCAGUUUCAGCAAGAGAAGAAUUAAGAGAAAUGUUGAUUAGCAAAUUUUCAAAAGAUUUCACUUAAGAUAACAAACUUAAGGAAAGGUUAAUUUACUAAAUAGUUAAUGAAUACUUUGCGAAUGAGCAAGUAUCAAUAAUAAAAAAAUGUUAGGUUACAGAAAAUACUUUAAAGGUAAGUGUAUUAGAGGCAUUAAGAAGGUAACAACAUCAAAGUUAAAUUUAAUAAAAUCCAUUCGAAAUCUUUGAAUUUGAGGAUAAAAAUGAAAAGAAAUCAUACAAUUUUGGACCUUAAUCUGUAAAGAAUUCAGUAAAAUCUGAAAGAGAUGUAGAUUAAUAUUCUGUUAUUUCUUCAUAUUUUGAAAAACCACCAAAAUCAGUAUAUAUAGUUGAUGAAGAAGAUGAAUGGGCUGCUUUAGUAAAAUUCGAUACAGAGCUUUAUACUAAAGAACGAUAAUUAGAAAUGCAAAGGUAGACUGAGUUUAAAAAAAAAUGAAAAAUGAACUUGAUAGAUUAUUAGAAGAAAAAGAAGAAAAGAUUAGAAAGAGAGAGAAAAUAGGAAGAAGCUUAUGUAAGAGUUAAGAGAGAUUAAAUGAAUGUAUAUCAUUAGAGAGAAGAUCAGAAAAAGAAAGUAACAAAUCGAAAAGAGUAAAGUAAUAAAUAAGUAAGGGAAGAGGAAAAGAAAAGAUUUUUGGAAAAAAAAGAUAAUCAGAAUAAGAUGCUAUAUUGGUAUAAAGAAUUUAAGAAGAAUUAUAAUAAGAAAAAAGAGAAACACUUUAAAAGAAGGAGAUAGAAAAAAGAAAAUUUAUUGAAAUGAUAGAAGAAAAUGAAAAAAAUAGAUAAAAAUAAAUAAAUGAUGAUAUUGCUGAAAAUAAUUAGAAAUAGAUAUGUAAAGGAAAUAUAUUGCUUUACAAUAAAAAUUAGAAUAAGAAAGAGAAUUUGAAAAAAAGAAAAGAGUGGAUAAAAUAAUAAAAAUUAUGA